AUGUCUUCUUUCUCCAACGCCAAGGCUCUGUCGUCGGAGCCGCUCGUGCAUUCACCCCUCCUCCGCUCCCCCGCCCGUCUCCCGCCGAAGCGGCAGACGCGCACGUGGGAGUCGUCGCCAUCCUGGAGCUGCCCGCCAGCCCGGAGAUCGUCCUCCAGAGACAAGUCAUACCGCGCACCCAUCGACAAGGUCGCCAUCGAAGCCCCGGCCGGCCUCAUCGACGAGGGCGAGACGCCGGAAGAGGCCGCCGCCCGCGAACUGAGGGAGGAGACCGGCUACGUCGCCAAGGUCGUCGAGACCCCGCCCAUCAUGUUCAAUGACCCGGGCUUCUGCAACACCAACCUCCGGAUGGUCCGCGUGACCGUGGACAUGACCUUGCCCGAGAACCAGAAUCUCCGGCCGAAGCUGGAAGAGGACGAGUUCAUCGAGGCCUUCCGCGUCCCGCUGGCAACCCUGCACGACGAGUGCAAGAGGCUCGAUGCAGCGGGUUACGCGGUCGACGCCCGUGUGGGGGCGUUCGCCGAGGGCAUCGAAUUCGUCAAAAGAUUCCCCCUGUAA